GUUCUACCGAUCUGACCGGCAUUGAGACAGCGGGCCAUGCUGGAACUACCCAUGUGAACGAGAACAGCUCUGAGACCGAAUAUUUGAGCUGUGUGGACAAGAUGGACACUGACAAGAAUGAAGCCAAAGGUAAGGUGUGUGACCAGGUGAUGCAGAACCCACAAGCGCUGGCAGCUCUUCAAGACAGAUUAGACAGCAUUACACAACACAGUCCUUCUGUCAUGGACAGCUUAUCCCAGUCCGUCAGAAGAAGAGCCAAUGCCUUGAAGAAUCUGCAGGUCAGGAGUUCACACAUAGAAGCCAAGUUCUAUGAGGAGGUGCAUGAUCUGGAGAGAAAGUAUGCUUCCCUCUAUCAGCCACUGUUCGACAGGAGAAAAGAGGUCGUAAGUGGAUCAGUGGAGCCUACCGAUGAGGAGUGCGAGUGGCAGAGCGAUGAUGAUGAUGAAGAUCUGGCAGAUGAUCUACAGAAGAAGGCCUCCAUUGAGGGAAAGAAGGAGGAGGCGGAGGGCGCCGCUGUGGAAAACCCCAAAGGAAUUCCUGAAUUCUGGCUCACUAUAUUCCGCAGUGUGGACAUGCUGAGUGAUAUGCUACAGGAACAUGAUGAACCUAUACUCAAACACCUACAAGACAUUACAGUGAAAUUCUCUGGCCCUAAUGAACCUAUGAGUUUCACAUUAGAGUUUCACUUUGAACCCAACAGCUACUUUAAAAACACAGUCCUCACAAAAGUCUACAAGAUGAAGUCUGAACCUGAUUCCGAAGAUCCGUUCUCCUUCGAAGGUCCAGAGAUCAUCGCCUGUGAGGGAUGUGAGAUCGACUGGAACAAAGGGAAAGACGUCACAGUUAAAACAAUCAAGAAAAAACAAAAGCACAAAGGCAGGGGUGUCGUGAGGACCGUUACCAAACAAGUGCCCAACGAUUCUUUUUUCAACUUUUUCAAUCCCAUAAAAGUUUCUUCAGAUAGUGAAUUGGAUGAGGACUCCGAGAUCACUCUAGCCACAGAUUUUGAAGUCGGCCAUUUCUUCAGAGAAAGGAUAGUACCAAGAGCUGUGCUCUACUUCACCGGGGAAGCCCUGGAGGAUGACGACAGUUUUGAUGAGGAAGAGCUUGAUGAAGAUGAGGAGGAGGACCCAGAUGAUGAUAUGGAGGAGGAAGAGGAGGGGGAUUCUAUAGUUAAAAAGGCAUAGGUCAUUUCUCACUUCAUGCAUUUCUAGCCUGGACAAGCCCAACCUGCAGACUGCAAACAGCAGUAACAUCAGAUCCUCUCCACUGUUCAGUAGCAACAAUCUGGACUCCGCUUAGCACCAUCAGAUCUCUGCAGCACAGUCGUUUUUAUACAGCUCUAAACUACAGGGGGGAAGAACACCUUCAUUACCGUGGGUCACUGGAAACUACGCAGACUGCCUACCCUGUUUUCUGUUCCUAAAACCUCAGUAUUGUUUUCAUCCAGCAGGACUUUCCAGUUGCCGAUUUAAUGCAUUUGGAAUGAAGUUCCAAUAUUCCAAAGUUUGGUUGAGCUACGUUAACGUAAUAAUUUACUCAGGGUUUUCUAAUGCCGAGAAUACACUCAUUCUCCGCCGUGAGGAAGAUGACAUGAAUUGAACCCACUUGGCUUUUAAUUUUAUUCUCGUUCCAAAAACCUUUUUAGACUGAUUUCCACUUAAUCGAAAGUUAUUUAUACUAUAUAAAAGUUGCUUUUUUUUUAAAUACUGUUUAUCUACACAUAUUGUCCCUGCGCCCCCCCGGUGGAUCUCAGAUUGUUAGAGCGUCGUCUCUUGAAUUGUACACUGUGUCUGAUGAAAUUGAUCUUUACCCUGCAUUAACAACGAUGUUGUCGCUUUACUGCCCCGAGCGCUUACUAAGGAAUUAAAGUUCAGUAUUGCCAAAA